GCCGCUGUGUGGGGCCCAAGAUGGCGGCCGGGAUGUACCUGGAGCACUACCUGGACAGAAAGCAUAGAUGAAUUCUAAUACCUGAGAGUCAAAGAGCACCCAUCACAGUCUUCAGUAUUGAGAACCUCCCGUUUGAGUUACAGAGAAACUUCCAGCUCAUGCGAGAUCUGGAUCAGAGGACAGAAGACCUCAAGUCAGAGAUCGAUAAGUUGGCCACGGAGUAUAUCAGCAAUGCACGGACUUUGUCUUCGGAGGAAAAACUGGGGCUCCUCAAGCAGAUCCAGGAGGCCUAUGGGAAGUGCAAGGAAUUUGGGGACGACAAGGUCCAGCUGGCUAUGCAGACCUACGAGAUGGUGGACAAGCACAUCCGGCGGCUGGACACAGACCUGGCUCGCUUUGAAGCAGACCUGAAGGAGAAGCAGAUAGAGUCGAGCGACUACGACAGUUCUUCCAGCAAGGGCAAGAAGAAGGGCCGAGCCCAGAAAGAGAAAAAAGCUGCCCGUGCUCGCUCUAAAGGGAAAAAUUCUGAUGAGGAAGCACCAAAAACUGCCCAAAAGAAAUUGAAACUCGUCCGCACUAGCACAGAAUAUGGGAUGCCUUCAGUCACCUUUGGAAAUGUGCACCCCUCGGAUGUCCUGGAUAUGCCCGUGGACCCCAACGAGCCCACGUACUGCCUGUGCCACCAGGUCUCCUAUGGGGAGAUGAUUGGCUGUGACAACCCAGACUGUUCCAUUGAAUGGUUUCAUUUUGCCUGUGUGGGUCUGACAACAAAACCAAGAGGAAAAUGGUUCUGCCCUCGCUGUUCCCAAGAGAGGAAGAAGAAGUAAAUUCACAUGAGACCUCAGUACUGCUGCAAGAGCUCUCUUCCCCCUGCCAGGGCCUCGUGCCAGUUCCCCCAGCCCUUGGGGCCUUGGCUGAAGGGAAGUCUUGCCCUGUUUGUGGUUUGGGCCAUCCCUGGAAUGGUGUGUACCCUCACGGUGGUUCCUGUGUGUUCUGUGUCCCUGGUUGCUUCUGAGUCCUUAAGGGAGGCCCUCUCUGUGUACUAUUCCAAACAGGUCUCUGAACCUCAAAGGGAAUGAAUGAGGGCACCAGGGUAGCCACCAGAUUCCCAGGGAUUCAGGUAGCCCCUGAUUUUCCUUGGCUUUCCUUCAGCCUCCUCAGAGUUCAUUGCCUAUUCUCUGCUUAGAGAACAAGGCUAUGGGAUGGGGGAAGGAAAGGAGGUAAGUCUUCAGCAUUUUAGAUCAUUCAUUUUCCUGGAUCUUUUUCAGGAGAGAGGGAGUAACCAAGCUACUUCUUAAUCUAGUGGGCUGGUUGAGAGACUGAAAACCUGAUGUGCUCCCUGUCUUUAACCAUUCCACUGCUGGCACUGAGCAGCCUCUUUUGUUGGGGACAGGAGGAGGCAGAGGGAAUGUUUAGAGCUAGCUUUGUCUCUCUUAUUCCUGGGGUAAACCUGCUGGUCUGGGAAGCACACUGUGUGAAGGAGGAAGAAUUUCUGACCACGUGGGGAGAAACAGCUUGGGCCAGUCUUCCGGCUACAAAAUUCUGCCUUCCUCUUGUGUAGUGGUGCUUCUCCAUUAUGUUCAUGGUGGGAAGUCUGGGGAUUCAGAUCCCACUUGUAUAAUACAGAAUUAAAUAAAAUUCAUUGAAACAAA